UCACCAAAACUUCAAGACAAACCAGACCGUACCAAUUCAAAAGUUAUAAUAACAAGACAAUGGCGACUCCAUCACAACCGUCCGUCUACACGACCGACCACUCGGCUUCCGUGCUGCGCACACACAGCUGGCGCACAGCCGCCAACUCGGCGGGCUACUUGCUCCCUCACCUCCGAUCCAACAUGAAGAUUCUUGACGUUGGAUGCGGUCCAGGCUCCAUCACCAUUGACCUGGCCCGCCUCGUUCCGCAGGGUCAUGUCACCGGAGUUGAAUACGUACUGGAUCCGCUGGAAGGAGCCCGUGCCCUCGCCGCAGCCAAUGGCGUCACGAACGUCUCAUUCGAGAUUGGCGACAUUCACUGUCUGCCCUUUGAAGAUGAUGCGUUUGACGUUGUUCACGCCCACCAAGUUCUGCAGCAUAUUUCCGACCCUGUCAAGGCGUUGCAGGAGAUGCGUCGUGUGACAAAGGUGGGCGGCAUGGUCGCAUGUCGAGAGUCGGCAUCCAUGACCUGGUAUCCUCAAUCGGACAAGCUAAAUACAUGGUACGACCUGACAACAAGAAUGGCCGUUUCAAAGGGGGGCAACCCCCAUCCCGGCAGUCGCAUUCACGUUUGGGCGGAAAAAGCUGGGUUCGCCAGGAAGGACAUCACCAAGAGCGCUGGGUCCUGGUGUUUCAGCAGCGACGAGGAGCGCGAGUACUGGGGAGGGUCGAUGGCGCAAAGAUCGAGGUCAUCUGGGUCCGCGACGAUGGCAUUGGAGGGAGGGUUUUCGACGAGGGAGCAGCUGGACAAGGUUGCACAGGGGUGGGAUGAGUUUCGCGAGGACAAAGACGCCUGGUUUGGGCUGCUGCAUGGCGAGAUUCUGUGUCGCAAGUAGCGGCGGACGGCCUAGAGUUAGUUAUCAGCCACUCACAUAUUUUGUCCCUAUCGGGGGCAUAAUAUGCUAAUCAAAGCUAUGGAACUGUUCUUCCAUCGUGGUUAGCCAACGCUCUUAAACCAGCACGCCUUGUAACGUC